AUGGCCGAUCUUUUUCCGAAAUGGAAGCGAGUAUGGGAUACAUGGGAUCUCCAAGGCUUCAUAAUCUUGAGUCUUUCGUUACAAACGUUCUUGAUUCUCUUCGCUCCUUUGAGAAAACGAACAAAGAGCAACUGGAUCAUCAUGCCGUUAUGGUCCGCAUACUUGCUAGCUGAUUGGGCGGCUAACUUUGCCGUUGGGCUCAUCUCGAACAGCCAAGGAAACCCCAACAGCGACUCGCCGAAAAGUGAAGACCUUCUUGCCUUUUGGGCACCGUUUCUUUUGGUGCACCUUGGCGGUCCGGACACCAUAACCGCUUUCGCUUUAGAAGAUAACGAGUUGUGGCUCCGCCAUCUUCUUGGUCUCAUGUUCCAGUGUUUAGCCGCAGUUUACGUUUUCGUUCAAUCGUUGCCGGAAAACCAGCUAUGGGUUCCGACAUUGUUGAUGUUUAUUAAAGAAGCAAAACUACCAACAAGAAUCGAAAUGAUCCGGGAGCCAGAUCGAGCGGCCAAAUCAGCAAACAAGGCGAAAAAAGGGAACUUGACGGAGUUAGAGAUUGUGCAGUAUGCUCAUGCAUUCUUUGAAAAUUUUAAAGGGCUCGUUGUCGAUAUGAUUUUUAGUCGAAGAGAACGCAAUCAGAGUCGAGAUUUCUUUCUAAAUCGGACCGCAAAAGACGCUUUUGAUGUAAUUGAAGUCGAAUUGAACUUCAUAUAUGAAGCUCUCUUCACCAAGCUUCCAGUGGUUUAUGGUUAUUUGGGUGCCAUGAAUCGUGUUUUCUCUUUAGCGACGAUUUCUUUAUCGAUCGUUUUGUUCUUUUUCAAGAACAAAUCGAGUUUAAGCGACGUUGAUAUCACAAUUACGUACGGUCUGCUCUUCGGUGCAUUGGCAUUGGAUGUUACCGCCCUUUUCAUGCUUGUUUUUUCGGAUUUAACCAUCAUUUCUCUCCGGAAAUCACCCGAUGACGAGCUCGACAAGUCUAUAAAAACCAGAAUCCUGACUCGAGUUCUCCGAUUCAUGACCGAAGGCACGGUUCGAGAUCCGAACGUCAACCCUCGGCAAAAACCGAAGGAACACCAAACACGUAAACCACUGAUUCGGUUCUUGAAACGGAGAUGGUCCGAAUCCGUUUCGACUUACAACCUUAUCGAUUACUGUUUACACCCUCGAUCAAGCUUCCAACAAUUCGUAGUCGAUAACCUCGGGCUCAGCGGCUUCCUUGAUGGCAUCGAAUACGUGAAACCGGAAGAAUUCACCGUCAAACUCCGAGACUUCAUCUUCAAGGAGCUCAAAUCGAAAUCCGAUCUUGGAGAUGAUCUCGAAACCGCAAAAGAGAUAAGUUUGGCACGUGGCGAUUGGGUUCUUCGUGUCGAAACAGGAUGGGGGAGUUUGCUUCAAUACACGCUCGAUGCUGACUACGAUCAAAGUCUCCUUCUUUGGCAUAUCGCCACCGAGCUCUGUUACAACAAUGAACUCAACAAUGGGAUCGAAUCCACCGAUCAACGUGAGAUCGCAAAACUUUUGUCGGAUUACAUGUUGUAUCUUCUGAUCAUGCAACCAAGCAUGAUGUCAGCGAUUGCCGGAAUCGGACAAAUCCGGUUCCGGGAUACCUGUGCCGAGGCGAAACGGUUUUUCGAGAGCGGGAAAGGUCGGGAAGUGGACGAAGAUCGCCGGAAAACUCCGGUAUCCGACGAUCCGAAAUCGAACCAAAAGCAGAUAAAUGCUUGUAUGGAGAUUCUGAAAGUGGAGACGGAAGUGCCGCCGGCGACGGUGAAGGGUGACCGGAGCAAGUCGUUGUUAUUCGACGGCUGCAUAUUGGCUAAAAAGCUGAUGAAUAUAGAGAAGAAAAACAAGAGUUUAGAUAAAUGGUUGAUUAUAAGCAAAGUGUGGGUGGAGUUAUUGUGUUACGCUGCAAGCCAUUCACGAGCCAAUAGCCAAGCGGCUCAAGUGAGCCGAGGUGGUGAGCUGGUUACCAUUGUUUGGUUGUUGAUGGCUCAUUUGGGAUUGGGUGAUCAAUUCCAAAUCAAUGAAGGUCAAGCAAGAGCCAAACUCAUUGUUGGCAAGUAGUUUCUCAUUUCAGUAAAAUUCAACAUUAUCAUUU